UGAUUCUUGCAUUGCUUUUAGCCGAUCAGCUUAUAUAAAGGGGGAAUGGUACUUCUUACAUAUUGGGGCCGGAUCUAUCCCAUUGAAAUACGUUAAUAACCACAACAAGAGAUGGAUGACGAACGUAGGGACAAGAUACUCAAGGGAAUACAUUCGUAUUUUGUCGAAUUCUUCCAUCAGGGCAUGGUCUUUGUGCAGGACACAGAGGUAAUGCCCAGAGAGAUCCUGAAGCGUAGGAGAAACCAUGAGGCACAGUUGCUCAAGGGUAUGUAUUGGGCAUUCUUUGCUUUGCAUUUGUUACAUAAAACAUUUGGUAUAGCAACGAACGAGCAAUUGGAACGCAUUAAUGUCCAGGAAAAUGCAGAUACGGAUUCCAGCGACGACGAGGAAUGUGAUGAUGUCUACGACAGCGUUAACUACAGUGGGUUUCACUCAGAUGGUGUACCUGAGCAAUCUACUAUGCGAGACACUUCUGACCCACCUAAUCAAUUUGCUGAUUUGCGUUUGCUGGGCAUGCCCACUAGGGGGAUGCUAGUCGCGGACUUGGACACUACCUUGCUUGAAGGCAAAGAUGUGGAUACGAUUUUACGAUUCCUCAAAUCAUGUCAAAGGGAAUUCGUAUAUCAGGACUAUACAUUCUUGGGAUUUGCUAACUCUGAUGACAGACGCAGGUUCACUGCCAACAUUAGUAGUACCCUUAUGGCUAUAAACACGUAUCGUCUAAUCGGUGACUACCUUAACAUUAAAUCAAGUUUGGGCUUUCUCAAGCAUAUGAGCUGGAUAUACCAAACUGAGGAACUACUCUCCUAUAUAAGUUUGCUAUAUGUUCCCCGAAUGGGAUAUUAUAAGAAAUCAUUGAUGCCCUUAGUGACAGAAAACGCGGACAUACGUCACACAACCUCUGCAGUGUUAUCUACAUCUAUAUCCCUCAGGAUAUCCGGUUACCAAAAUGCAUACUAUCGCAUGAAGAUUGCAGAAUGGAUUCACGUUGACGAAGUGGUUGCAAAUGUGAUUAAGCACUUCAAUGAUGACGGGGGAGUAGGGUUAUCCCCUAAUUCUGAGAGUCACUGCGGUGCUGCCUUCUGCGCUAUAGCUAUCUUUACUGUGACUGAGACCAUGACUACUGUUCCUAGGUAUCUUUUGGUUAAGCUAAAAAGCUGGUUGCUGAAGAGGCUCACGGCAUUUGGAGGCGUUUCAGGUCGUGUAGGCAAGGCUGAGGACGUAUGUUACUCAUUUUGGUUACUCGCCACUCUUAGUCUAUUGAACAAGUUUGGUGUCAAUUCGCAAAUACUCAGGGGACGUGAGAUGAUUAGAUUUAUUGAAAGAUGUCAAACUUCAUCCGGUGGCAUUGCACCGUAUCCGUGUGACGAGGGCGAGCCCGGCAAUCCGGACCCUUUCCACUCGUUCGCAGCGUUGCUGACUAUUACAUUAAUAGAGGAGGAGCGCCAGCAGGCGGAAGUAUCCGUGUUGCAAUCGCUCAUAUAAAUGAGGAUGCAGCGUGUAUGACCCAAAACG